UCUACCAGAGAGCGUGACAGACGACCGAGUCCAUCCUAACGCGCGGUUUAUUCUUGCCGUUUACCGGUUACGGCCGUUUCUUUAAUCUAACCUCGUCAGCAGACAAUGAUUAAACACUAUUAUUCUCUUUGUUUAGAGAAAACCCCAUCGAACCGGCUGUUUCCCUACGUAUAUCUUGCACUUCCGGGUUUUCGGGCAAGCGUCAGUUCUGAGGAUCAGCUGUAAUGAUUGAAUGAGCACACGGAGAGGAGAGAGCGACUCCUGAACGCUGUGCUGCCGAUAAUCGUUGCUGGACACCAAGUGCAUAAUAAAAGACAGCGUGGCAAGAGGAUUCGUGGAAUAAAGCUGCUUGUUUAUGCAGCUGGCAGGAGUGCGUUGGCACUCACAUAUGUUAUUAUAAGCUAGUGUUUUAGGUACACAAGUAUGAAGAUAAUGUGUCAAUGGUGACUCAUCCUACUGGUCUAAUGCAGUUGAGUAAUUUCGGAUCUCCUAACACUUGAUGCCCGCUGAGCUUGCAUGUAUCUCGAAAUCUCGAACUGGACUGUUUUAUAUUAAGAGAUUUUCGCGUUUUUCUAAGAUUUGUGCGUCUGUCAAUCUUUGUUGGAUCUGGGAAACGACACGUACGUGAGAGUCUGGUUGUUUUGCAUGAUUUAAUGAAAGAGUUGCUGGUUGGACUAUGAAGAAGUUCUUCGAUACCCGACGGGAGAUGGUGAGCUCGGGGCCCGUGUCAGGAGCCGUCGCGGGGGGCAGCGCGGGGUCCGGCGCGUUCAUCGGACGCGUUUUCUCUAUUGGACGAUAUCAAGUGACCGUGGAGGAGACUGUAGCAGAGGGUGGUUUUGCUAUCGUAUUUCUGGUGAGGACUCAUCAGGGCGUCCGUUGUGCGAUGAAGAGAAUGUAUGUGAACAAUGAAUAUGACCUUCAAGUAUGCAACAGGGAGAUUCAGAUUAUGAGGGACCUUGUGGGUAACAAAAACAUUGUUGGUUUCCUGGACUCCAACAUCACAGCAGUUGGAUCGGGAGAUGUUUGGGAAGUUCUCAUACUGAUGGACUUCUGUAGAGGUGGGCAGGUGGUGAACCUGAUGAACCAGCGCUUACAGACUGGAUUCAGUGAGCCAGAGGUGCUGCAGAUCUUCUGUGACACAUGUGAAGCUGUCGCUCGACUACAUCAGUGCAAAACUCCCAUCAUCCACAGGGACCUCAAAGUGGAGAACAUCUUGCUGCAUGACAGAGGUCAUUAUGUGUUGUGUGAUUUUGGCAGUGCCAUUAACCGCCCCCAGAAUCCACAAGCAGAAGGUGUAGCGGCUGUAGAAGAAGAAAUCAAGAAGUACACUACUCUUUCAUACCGCUCCCCAGAAAUGGUGAAUCUUUAUGGGGGCAAAGUUAUCACUACUAAAGCAGAUAUAUGGGCUUUGGGCUGCUUGUUGUAUAAGUUGUGUUAUUUCACGUUGCCGUUUGGAGAGAGUCAGGUGGCCAUCUGUGACGGCAGCUUCACCAUUCCAGACAACUCCCGCUACUCGCACGACAUGCACUGUCUCAUCCGUUACAUGCUGGAGCCAGACCCAGAUGUCAGGCCAGAUAUCUACCAGGUGUCAUAUUUCGCCUUUAAACUGGCACGGAAAGAAUGUCCUGUACAGAAUAUCGACAAUUCACCCAUUCCAGCAAAACUCCCAGAGCCAAUCAGAGCCAGCGAAGCCGUGGCAAAGAAGAGUCAAAACAAAGCCAGGCUCACUGAUCCAAUCCCCACUCUUGAAACGUCCAUAGCGCCACGGCAACGUCCCAAGGCUGGCCAGGCUCAACCAAUCGCAGGCAUCCUGCCCAUCCAACCAGCACUCACCCCUCGUAAAAGAGCCAAUGCACCUGCAGGACCCAACCAGCCAAUCAGUGUUAACAUGGCUUCCCAGCCUGUUUCUCUUGCCCAAUCACAGGUUCCUGUCGCUCAGCAACAAGCCACUCCUAUUCCAAUACAGGCCACGCCCUCUCCACCGCAAACCACACCCCAGCACACACAACUGUUUGUACAGCAGCAAAAUGCAGCCUUCUUUACUGCUCAACAACAGCAGCAUCACUCAACGCAGACGAGCGCCAGUCCUGCACAAGCGGUUGCAUCAUCGUCCACCCCUGUUUCUACACACUCGAAACCUAAGAAUAGGGCUCCCCCCCCACCCAUACACCACCCUCAAACCAACCUCUUGACAUUAUCAGCAACCGCACAGACAAAAAGCAAAGCAACGGGCCCAACUCCACCUGCAGAGUGUUCACAUAGUAAUAACGUAGAUGGUGAUACCUCGGCCCAACCUAAAACCAAAGCUAUGGCACCUCCACCCCCUUCAGCACAUGCCUCCACCCCUCCUCCACCUAAAACCACCUCCACUGACUCUGAAGUGGACCCAGUGCAGAGGUCCAUCGCUGGAAGUCGUGGGAUGCAUAAAGUCGGAUCUUUGACUCCACCCUCUUCUCCUAAGACCGCCCCAAAGGGAGGCCACAGACGAAUUCUGAGUGAUGUCACACACAGCACCAUAUUUGGAGUUCCUGUGAGCAAGUCCACUCAACUGCUUCAAGCCGCUGCUGCAGAGGCCAGCCUUAAUAAGUCCAAGUCAGCUAGCACCACUCCCUCUGGUUCUCCAUGUUCAUCACAGCAGAGUGUGUAUCAGUCAGGGGGGGCUUCAGGACCCUCUGCUGGAGCCUCAGCAUCCUGGAACCCUUUUGGCGAUGACAAUUUCUCCAAACUCACGGCAGAAGAGCUGCUAAACAAGGAUUUUGCCAAAUUGGAUGCUAAGAUGGCAGAGAGAUCCUGUCCUGAAAAUCUGAUUCCUGGGUUGCAGUCGGUGUCUUCCAAUAAAGGCUUUCUUCAGGGAGGAGUUGGGACGGAUUCUCUGAUCCCUGGUCUGGAUCCUCUACAGACUGAUCCUGGGUCAGCUGCACUGCCAGAGUCCCUGGUUGGACAGGAUUAUCUUUUGGAUGGGCCGCUUCUCUCCCUCCCCUCCACUGGGGGUCUAAUACUGGCUUCAUCCCCCUCAUCUCUUCCUGCACCAUCUAUGGACCAGUUUACCAUUACUGCUUUGAGCAGUGGACAGUCCCACCAGGCCUCUCCCCUCUCAAGCCUCCAGUGCUCUGAGACUGGGGACCAAAGCUCCGAUAACCAGUUUGAUCCAAUUCCAGUGCUUAUCUCCAAAAGCUCCAGCCAAGAAGCCAGAAGGAUGCAUGAUGGAUAUGGAAUGUUGUUAGACGGAGAAGGUGUUGAGGAGCCCAUUGAGGACUGUUUUCAUUCCAGUGAUGAAGACGACGGAGAAAAAGAAGAGGGGCGGUCACAAGUGAGUGGCGAAGAAACUCCAAGUCUGGACUGCAGCGGCUCCAGACCAUUACUUCAAGACUCGGAUGACGACGAUGAGCAAAGCCCCGCGUCUUCGAGAAACUUCCAGAUGUCUUCCGAAUCCAAGGUAGCAGUUGAAAACCAGUCCUCCCUGGUUUCAGUCCACGCUCAGAACCACUCGCCACCACUGGUGUCACAAACCCAACAUCCAGGUGUGGAUCCAGGCGUAGAUGUCUUCUCCAAAGCUCCAUUUCGGAUCGGACAAGACAGUGACAGCGAUGGGGAUGUAUUCUCCAAUGCGCCUUUUGCUCGUCCCCCGGUUCAGCCUCAACCUGAUAUUUUCCUCCAGGCCCCCUUUGGUAGGAAGAAGGAAACUUCUGGAAAGGUCUACACCAAUCCAGUGGCCCAGCCGGGAUAUUUACACCCCCAUCCAGGUUCUUCCCUUGACGAGAACAUCCUCGGCCAAGUGACCACUCUGCCCUUUCGACCCCAGGCGCUUUCUAAGUAUUCCAGACACUACGAAGGACCCGUGAACGCCGAGCCUGGACACAAACCGAUCGGCGAUCACAAUCUGACGUCUGAUGGGGCUUCUGGUGACCCGUUUGUCUCGGCACCCUUCCACCUUAAAGGCCGUCACGAUAAACACUGAGAGAAUAGCGUCCGAAACCACACCAGUACUUUCGCCCCCCCUAAAAGAUUUGAGCUCAACAUAAUAAAAUGCUGUAUACUGAGUGUAAAAUAUUGAAGAAUGAAGCACAUUUUUGGCCUUUGGCUGUCUAUCUCUGGGUAAAUGUUUGAUUUGUGACAUCUUUUGCUACCUCAGAUCAUUCUCAUGCUGUCAAACUUCACUUCUGUCCUGUGUGUCUACCACGUCGUCAACAGAAAACUGGUUUGUUGCUUAGCAAAAAUGUUGGAUCGUUUUCUAUUAUGAGCAUGAGUUUAAACUAUGUUUUCCACCAUUAUCUGGUGACCGAUGGCGUUUCUACUAUCAUGGUAUUCCAGGCGGUUUUGUAUAGCUCACAUCUGGCAGAGUCACACAUCAUCAUAAAAAAACAGGAAACAUCCUGUCCACACAAUUGACGAUAAAUAAAACGUAUUUAAAAACGUGGAUUUUGUCUCUCAAAACAUACACAAAAGGUUAUCAGCCAAACAUUUCUUUGGGCUGUGAAAAUACUUUUACAUUUUAAAUUAUUAUUUCCAUUCAUAAAGAAAUUUCACAGGUUUUAAGCACCAAUGAUAUUUUUGAAUUGUAAUUUUCCAUCUAAAUUCUUAUUUCUGUAAAUUCUUUUAAAAAAUCAGCAUAAAUUCAAUUUAUUUAAUAUUUUAAAUACAUUAUAGAUUUAUUUUGCAGUCUUGUUCCUGUAAACAUGCUUAAUUUUCAUGCAAAUAAUGUGUUACAAUGAAAAAAUCGUAACUUGACCUUGACUGGUUAAUUCUUUCAGAUUCAUCAUUACAGCUAUAUGUAUUUUACAUUUGCACAACUUAACAAGUAAAGCAUCAAAUUGUCAAAUUUUCAUUUUUUUAAAAAAAAUAUCUGCGAAACCCUGAAUGUAUUGCAAUUUUUAAAUAAUAUAUAGGCUUAAUAUCUAUUUUUCAAUAACUUUUUUAAUUAUCCAUGUUGAAUUAUCAUUUUGACCCAUAAUAAGAGUUGCUCCAAUUAUUUCCUAAUAAUCAUGUUUAGCAUGAAAGCCAAUGAAAAGCAAGCAGACAUGAGUUCUAAAUAUUGUAUAAGCAACACCUGAUCUCAUGCACUGUGUUUAUGAAAGAGCAGUGCUAGUGUACAGUAUUUAAUACAAUCUUGAUGUUUAGCACAUUAGUGUUGGGCUCAUAUUAUACACAUGAAUGUUAAAUCCAAUUGAUGCUGGAUUGUAUUGCACACAACUAUAAUAGAAUGUUACUAUUCAAUGUAAUAUCUGUUUUCUAGCUAUCAAUGAACUGCACAUUCUCUUUAUUAUGUUUAAACAGGCAGCUCCAGUACCAAGAUGCUGUUAUCUCUGCUGUUCACCACAUCCACUCAAUCUCUUAUUAAAUGCAAUAUGUUCAAAUUCAGUCCUAACCCAUGAAACAUUUAACUUUUUCUGCACAGAUUUUCAAUGCGCCUGUGAUCCUCCGUUUGCCGCCUCAGCAUUUCAUCCCAUAAAUGCAAAUGUGUAAAUCGAGGCAUUAAGGCUGUUGUUAAUUAUACACGGGUGCAUCUUACACAUUUUCACUAUGAUAUUAAGAGUUAAAAGAUGUAGUUUGUAUUAUGUGGGGUGAAUUUUAGGUGUGUAUCCACGUUGAUCUUUGUGGAAAGGUGUUUUAUAUGAGAGACUGGGGAUUGUUCAUAUUUUUUAUGUCUAAUGUUGAAACAGCCAUGAUUGCUUGGUGGCCUUGAAUGAAUUUGGAGGCACUUCUCUUUUGGAAAUACUUGAGCUAUGCUAAACGCUCACCGGUGUAGAAUCUCUAUGUAAUAAAUGAAAUGUUUUAACGGUG